UCCAGAGAGGAGGAAGAGGUUCAAGGAGGUUGCCGCUCCCGGGUGGAGCAGCUCUCCGGAACUGUCGUUGGGCCGGAACUGGGUAGUUGUUUCCCGACGGAGCUCGGGGAAAGGACACCCCGGGGCAAGAUGGUGGUGGAGUCUCGAUCGCUGCCCCGGGUUCGGCAGAGCUCAGGGAUAUUAUUGGGCUGAGGCGACAGUAGCUGCGGCUCCGAUCCCAAGCGCGGGGGCCUCGAGCGGAGUUGUUAUUGUGGUUGAUGCCAAGGAAAGAUGCCUUAGGAGUCACUGGAACCCGAGUUCGAAUCCUGUUUUUCUCGCUGUGUGACCUUGGCGAGGACAAGCUCCUCUGAAGUGAGAAGCUGCCCAUGGCUGGGAGUCCCCUACGAGAUCACUGAUGGUGACUCAGCAUUUCUGUGACACAGGCAGGUUCUCAGGGUUUGUGCAAGUUUGCAAACAUGUUCACCGUUUCUCAGACCUCGAGAGCCUGGUUCAUCGAUAAGGCCCGUCAGGCUCGAGAGGAGAGGCUUGUGCAGAAGGAGCGGGAGCGGGCGGCCGUCGGGAUCCAGGCCCGCGUGAGGAGUUUCCUGUGUCGGAGGCGACUGCAGAGGGAAAUCAGGAGAGAGAUCGAUGAGUUUUUUAAAGCCGAUGACGCGGGGUCCAGUAGAAGAAGUGCACUUUGUAUUUUUAAGAUCGCCAGGAAGCUGCUGUUCUUGUUCAGAAUGAAAGAGGAUAACGAGAGAUUUGAAAAAUUGUGUCGCUGCAUCCUGAGCAGCAUGGAUGCUGAGAACGAACCCAAGGUGUGGUAUGUGUCCCUGGCUCUUUCCAAGGACCUCACCCUCUUAUGGAUCAAACAGAUCAAGGACAUCCUGUGGCAUUGCUGUGAGUUUCUUGAGCGGCUCAAGCCUGAAAUCCUACAAGACUCCAAACUCGUCACACUGUACCUCACGAUGCUCGUCACCUUCACAGACACUUCAACCUGGAAAAUUCUCCGGGGAAAAGGUGAGAGUCUCCGGCCAGCCAUGAACCACAUUUGUGCAAAUAUAAUGGGCCAUCUCAACCAGCAUGGACUGUACUCUGUGCUGCAGAUUCUCUUAACCCGUGGCCUGGCCAGGCCCCGGCCUUGUCUGUCCAAAGGCACUCUGACUGCGGCCUUUUCUCUGGCGUUGCGCCCUGUGCUUGCUGCCCAGUUUUCAGACAAUCUGCUUCGGCCAUUCCUCAUCCACAUCAUGUCCGUGCCAGCUCUUGUGACUCAUCUCAGCAUAGUGGCCCCUGAGCGCCUCACUGUGGUAGAAUCUCAUGACAUGCUUCGUAAGUUCAUCACCUAUUUGAGAGCUCAAGAUCGAUGCCGCGAUGUCUGCGAGUGCUUAGAAGGAUGCCAUACACUGUGUCUAAUGGGCAACCUCCUGCACCUGGGCUGCCUGAGCCCCCGCGUGCUGGAGGAGGAGACGGAUGGGUUUGUGAGUUUGCUCACGCAGAUGCUGUGCUACUGUCAGAAGUACGUGACCCAGAAGAAAUCCAACCUGACCCACUGGCACCCCGUCCUUGGCUGGUUCUCCCAGUCUGUGGACUACGGCCUCAACGAGUCAAUGCCCUUGGUCACCAAGCAGCUGCAGUUCCUGUGGGGGGUGCCUCUGAUCCGGAUCUUCUUCAGCGACAUCCUGAGCAAGAAGCUGCUGGAGAACCAGGAGCCGGCGGCCCACGCGCAGCCGGCCUCCCCGCCGAACGUGCUGCCCGUGAAGAAUCUCCUGAAGCGCGCGUUUCAGAAGUCGGCGUCGGUGCGGAACAUCCUCAAGCCCGUCGGGGGCAAACGCGUGGACUCGGCGGAGGUGCAGAAGGUUUGCAACAUCUGCGUCCUCUACCAGACCUCGCUGACCACUCUGACCCAGAUCCGGCUGCAGAUCCUCACAGGUCUCACUUACCUGGAUGACCUGCUGCCCAAACUGUGGGCGUUUAUCUGUGAGCUGGGGCCCCACGGAGGGUUAAAGCUCUUCUUGGAGUGCCUCAGCAAUGACACUGAAGAGUCCAAGCAGCUCUUGGCCAUGCUGAUGCUGUUCUGUGACUGCUCCCGGCACCUCAUCACGAUCCUUGAUGACAUUGAAGUUUAUGAAGAACAAAUUUCAUUCAAACUGGAAGAGCUGGUUACCAUCUCCUCCUUUCUGAAUUCCUUUGUGUUUAAGAUGAUCUGGGAUGGAAUCGUAGAGAACGCCAAGGGCGAGACCCUGGAGCUGUUCCAGUCCGUCCACGGGUGGCUGAUGGUGCUGUACGAGCGGGACUGUCGGCGCCGCUUCGCCCCCGACGACCACUGGCUGCGGAAGGAUCUCAAACCUAGUGUGCUCUUCCAAGAACUGGACAAGGACAGGAAGCGGGCCCAGAUGGUCCUGCAGUACAUCCCUCACGUCAUUCCUCACAAAAACAGAGUUCUCCUGUUCCGAAACAUGGUCACCAAGGAGAAGGAGAAGCUGGGGCUUGUGGAGACCAGCUCCGCCUCCCCUCAUGUCACCCACAUCACUAUCCGACGGUCCCGGAUGUUGGAGGAUGGCUACGAGCAGCUGCGGCAGCUGUCCCAGCACGCCAUGAAGGGCGUGAUUCGCGUGAAGUUUGUCAACGACCUCGGGGUGGACGAGGCAGGGAUUGAUCAAGACGGAGUUUUCAAGGAGUUCUUGGAAGAGAUCAUCAAGAGGGUGUUUGACCCGGCACUCAACCUGUUCAAGACAACCAGUGGGGACGAGAGGCUCUACCCUUCGCCCACUUCUUACAUCCACGAGAACUACCUGCAACUCUUUGAGUUCGUGGGCAAGAUGCUGGGGAAGGCUGUGUAUGAGGGGAUCGUGGUGGACGUGCCCUUCGCAUCCUUCUUCCUGAGCCAGCUGCUCGGGCACCACCACAGUGUCUUCUACAGCUCCGUGGACGAGCUGCCUUCCCUGGACUCCGAGUUCUACAAAAACCUCACCUCCAUUAAGCGCUAUGAUGGGGACAUCUCCGACCUGGGCCUGACGCUGUCGUACGAUGAAGACGUCAUGGGUCAGCUCGUUUGCCAUGAACUGAUUCCCGGAGGGAAGACCAUUCCUGUUACAAAUGAAAAUAAAAUCAGCUACAUCCACCUGAUGGCACACUUUCGAAUGCACACUCAAAUCAAAAACCAGACGGCUGCCCUCAUCAGCGGAUUCCGUUCUAUCAUCAAACCCGAGUGGAUCCGGAUGUUCUCAGCCCCCGAGCUCCAGCGACUCAUCUCCGGUGACAACGCCGAGAUUGACCUGGAGGAUUUGAAGAAGCACACAGUGUACUACGGUGGUUUUCAUGGAAGCCACAGGGUCAUAAUCUGGCUCUGGGAUAUUCUGGCCUCCGACUUCACGCCCAACGAGAGAGCCAUGUUUCUGAAGUUUGUGACCAGCUGCUCCAGGCCCCCGCUCCUGGGAUUCGCCUACCUCAAGCCUCCUUUCUCCAUCCGCUGUGUCGAAGUGUCGGAUGACCAGGACACUGGGGACACCCUGGGCAGCGUGCUCCGGGGCUUCUUCACCAUCCGCAAGCGGGAGCCAGGCGGCCGCCUGCCCACCUCCUCCACCUGCUUCAACCUGCUCAAGCUGCCCAACUACAGUAAGAAGAGCGUCCUGCGGGAGAAGCUGCGCUACGCCAUCAGCAUGAACACGGGCUUCGAGCUGUCCUAGCUCUGGUGCCGGCUGCCUGCCUCAGACUCCUGCCCACUGGACCUCAGCUCCAAGAGGCAGCGUGCCCCGGGCCUGAAACCAACAUGCCAGGCGACUGCAGCCCUCACACCCUCCCUGUUGCUAUGAGCCUCCCGUGGCCUCAAGAACUUGGGACGCACGUGCGACUCUACACAACAUUCUCCAGGUGACACUAAUGGAAGGGGGGUCGGAAAUAAACCUCGAUUCCGCCAGCAUCGGUCGUUUCUCGGUACUCCCAGUGGCCGGAAGCCCAGGCCCACGACGGUGGAGGGGCUUCUCUUUUUGGCAGUUUGCUCUUUGGUGAGUCAGUCUGUCCUUACGUUUCUGAGUGCGCUGUGCAUGGACAAGGCCCAGGCACGCCAAGGCUCCAGGCCGGUUUCCGUGACCUGGGCCUGUGUGCACGAAGCCUAAUUUGUGUGAGACACUCUCCUGUUUCUAAAAACUACUCAGGUAGCCUCUAUGCAUCCGACAGUCUCGGCCUCCAGCCCAUCCCCAGCAGCCUCUCUCCAGACAGCCAAGACCCCCUGCUCCCCAGGGAGGCAGAGGUGCCUGCUGGAAGGUCAUGAGCACAGAAGUGUGGGCGCUGCUCCCAUUGGCCUAGAUGCUCUGAGUCCUCAGCAGGCCAGCUGCUAGGGCGCCUCCACUGGCAUGUUCCAGAAAGCGCGUUCACCCUGCAUCCUGGGUUUGCCAGAAAACACCAAUUGGCCCUAAGAGCAGCUCCGUUUCUAGAAGGUGCGGCUGUUACCCAAAGCCUCCUGGUUCCCAGGAGCAGCUGCCUUCCUCCUGCUUCUCUGCCCGCCUGUUAAGUAGGAGGAAACAAAUCUUAGCCAAGGUCCUGUCCUUCUGGGCAUGGCUUUGCUCAGAUCGUAAAAUCCAUGAAACUGAGGUCUCACCCCCGUCCAUCCUCAGCACAGGAAACCCAGGAGACCUCUGCACUGACUCAGCUCACGAGUCUCAGGAAAUUCACGGCCCCUGGUUGGUUUUCUUUGUUUUACUGUUUGUUGGUUUUUGUCAAACCACUGUGCUCCUCUGUCCUCAUUCUUCACCUGUAUCAUCAGAACUGGACUCUAGACCCAGGGAACUGAGGCAAAGGCCGUGUCAGUGGUCCAUGUUGACAACCAUCCACCCUCGUCCACCUCAUCACACUCCUUCAGUCUCCCCACCAUGGAGACUGAGCCAGACUAGAAGCCAGGAGUGCCUGGUCCCUCGUCUGCUCUAUGGAGCGUCUUGGGCUUGUCGCUAGCUCCCUUCCAGGCAGCAAACUCCUUCCAGCGAGAAUCUUCGGGUUGGUGGUGAAUGGGCGUGACCAGUCUCCACGGCUUCUGUGGAGAUGGGCGCCCGUGUUCCGUUAGCGUCCAGGCCUGGCUGUGCCUAGCCCCUGGAGGCCAGUGUGUGUUUUACUGUCAUGGAAACACAGCAAGGAAUCUACAGACAGGAAUUCCGUAUUUAAGAUGUGUUAGUAACCCGACUCUAUGGAUUUGCCACUUUCUUUAAAUGCUCCAUUCCUCCAGAGGUCUGAUGAGCAUGGGUGAGCACACUGAGCAGGUUUGCGCGUUAUGCUGGGGCCCAUAGAAUUGUCAAACUGCGCAAAGAGAUGGGACCCCAUCUUGAUUUUCAUCACCUGAGAAUCAUCCUGUGUGGGAAUGGGUGCGGGUAGUAAUUUCUAAGCAUCCGCUCUAGGUCUCUCUUGCCGAGGAGAAGGAGUUUGUCAUUUCAUAUCACUCUUCAGCAGCCGGAAAUAUUGCACUACCUAAAACACUGACUUUGCUUUCAUAGCUGGCUCUUGACGACUCUAAAACGAUGUGGAUUUUUAAAAUAUAAAUAAUAAAUAAGUGAUCAAA